GCAAUAUUUUUUAUGAUACAAUUCCAAGCGAUCAAUUGAAAACCCAAAACGACUCAUUAGAAACUCAAAACAACUCAUUAGCAACCCCAAACGAAAAUAUCUAUGAUAAAAAUAUAUGGAAUUUUCCACCUGAUGCAUAUUAUAUAGAACCAUUUAGACGUCCCUUUUCACCGGCCUUAAAAAAAUAUGAAAUGAUAAUGGUGACAGGAGCCAGCGCUAAUCAUUUUCAUGUCUUGAAAAGCUUCUUAUAUCGAUUGAGAAAUGUAGUAAGAGUUAGGAAUUUCGGACUUAUUGUGUACGAUUUGGGAUUGACAAAGAAACAACGAAAGGCCAUACAAUAUUUACUGAAGCUUGAUUACUUAUCGGAAUUUCGAACUUUCAAUUAUGAUAUCUAUCCCUCAUUUUGGGACAUUACAAAGAGUCGAGGUGAAUAUGGUUGGAAAGUUGGAGCAAUCGCGGAGGUAGCACAAGAGUUUUCGGGAAAAUUGUUGGC